GGUGCGAUAAGUGACGGUACUUGGUAGAAACCUGCGAGCUAUCGUCAGGCUCGAUACACGUCCUGGGAACCCGAUGCAGCCGAACACGCUUACAAGCCAGGAACGAGGUGCCCUUGCACAUGCUAAACAUCCUUCUAGGCUUGCUUGCUCAUUGGUGUGGCGUCACCUCCGAGAGGUACGAUGUGAUUUGCCUCCAAGCUUUGAUAAGUGCAUUGCGCUCGCAUGUUCGCCGAAUGUCGCGACUACCACUUCUACUCCUCCAACCUAAAGCACUCUUCCUCCUCAUCUAGACUCUCUCAACGCACCUUCUUUUCGGACCACACUGACCGAUACUCGUCUCUUAUCCGAGACAACAUCACAACUUCGUAAGCGACAACCUCGUGCUAGUCUUACCUUAUCUUACCGUUGACAUAUUAAUCUAUAGAGCUUAUAGCAAGAUCCCACACCAUUACAUUGGACUCUGAUAAGAUGGCAGCUCAAGUUAAUGGCGAGCCGCACCCGUCCUCCGCAACACUGUCGCACAUCACUGGCUACCCCGUUGUCAACGAUGCUCUCUUGUAUUACAAGAGCAACCCCUACGGCAAGAAGUCGAUCGAAAUCGGCGACUCUGCUUACCAGAUCUUUGGAAAGCCCAUUGUGCCCUACCUAGCCAAGCCUUACGAGUACGUCUCGCCAUACGUGAAGAGAGCAGACCACCUCGGUGCUGGCGCUCUCGACAGGAUUGACAAGAAGAUCCCCAUCCUCAAGGAGUCCACCGAAAACAUUCAGGCCAAAUCGAAGCAAGUCGUCUUCUACCCGGUUGUCAAGACUAGGGAGACUACGGAUCACUUAUUCAGCGUCUACAACUCCGAGUUCAAGAAAGUCGGUGGACAAGGCAUUGUCACCACCGGCAAAGCUCUCAUUUCCACCGGGCUUGUGCUGACGACUGAAGCCCUCAACUGGUUUGGCGAUAUUCUGCGGGCGAGUAAGGAGAAGGCUAAAGAGGCUGGGAAUGAGGCUACCCAGUAAAUGAGACGCGUAAAGCGCGGGUCUUGUGCGUACGUGGCUGCUGAAACAUACGCUUUUCGUUAUGAUACCAUGUUUUGAUACGUUAUACUAGUCGAGUAAUGGAAGUUGAAGUUUGCAGAUGGAACACUAGGGGCAAUUAGCGGCUAUUUUUGCGAUGAUGAUUAAUAGACUUCCCUUCUAUAA